CAGAGUACUUGGACAAAACAAGCUGUAGAAGUUGACAGCUCUCAAGCAGUGUCUCCAUGUAAUCAAAUAGCUGACCGUCCAGACAGCACUUGUGCCCAAGUUAUCCGAUCAAAUGCUGAGCACUUUGUGAACAAAUGGAUGCCUCAGACUGCAACAAGGGGUUGCCAAGAACAAGAAGACCAACUUGAGUUGUUGACAGGUGAACUUCAAAAUCCAGCAGAGCUACCUGAGAAUCCAAUUGGUGUUCCAAAAGACCUUCUAGGUAGAAAGCAGAAUACCUUGUCUGAAUUAGAGUCUAAGGCAAGCAGAAGGAUUGAAAAGGGACUGGAAAAUCCUUGCGUUGGUUGUCCAUCCAAUAAACAAAAAGUAGACAUUGCCAGCAUGUUUGAUCCUCUGAUGAACAGCAGGGAAUUUGAGGCUCCUAGAGAAGUUGAAAAGAUUUUAGUAAACAACAUAGGCAUGGACGAUUCUAAGGAAUUACCCGCCAUCAAGCUUAGUUUAAAGAGGCUUAGAGGAGUUAAAGAUGGCAGCAACACAGUUCAAGAUGAUCGCAAUGUCUUGAGACGCUCGGAGCUUUCUGCCUUCUCAAGGUACACAACAACAUCAAAUGCCUUUAAGGCCCCUAACGCUGGAAGUAGUUCUCUACUUGACAAUAGCCUAGAGGUCAUUAAAAAAGAAUCAGUCUGCAAUACCAGAGCUCAUUCAGAUGGAAACAUUCUCUAUCCAAGCUCAAAUGGGGUUAGCAAUAUUAUAGACAUGGCCUCCACCACUAAUAAACUUUCUACUAACGUAUUAAUUUUGAAAGAUAAGUCGGAAGCAACAUCGACAAUCCAUGGUUUGCACUUAUCAUCUGUUUUUAAACCUCUAAAAAAUGACCUCAGAUGCACCUCACAGCAAGUAUUAGCAAAGGCUGAUGACGUGGUCACUCCACCAGCACUCGCUCCACCCUCACACCAGGAGGUCCCGAUUCAGCACAUUCAUCACCAUCAUCAUCACCAUCAUUUUCAUGACAUGGAACAAGUAGAGACACCAUCCAACCAUGAUGGUCCACUAUUGAAGAAAUCUGCUGCAGAUGUUCCACAAUGUGGGUCAUCAAAUGUGUUGAGUGGGCCUGUUGAAGGUAACCCUGGAAAUUUCAGUCUGAACAGAAGUGCUUCAGGCAGUAACCUUGGAAGCAACGGGCUGAAGGAAGGCAACACUGCCAUUAAUGCUGGAGGAACAAAGGCAGAAAGUGAGACUGGAUUAGCUGGGAAAAGUAGAAGUGUUGAUGCUAGUGGGAGCGGUAGUGGAAAUAGAAUGGAUCAAACUAAAUAUGUGCUGAGAGAGGCUGCCUUGAACAAGUUUCGGCAGAAGAGGAAGGAGCAAUGCUUUAGAAAGUACGAUACCAGAAUAGGAAGAAAUUAGCAGAACAGAGGCCACGUGUUCGCGGACAGUUUGUUCGGCAUACAGCAAAUGACAGCUCAAACAGUGCUGCAGAAUGCUAAUUCAAUCCACUUACCUGAUAUUUGCUUGAAGCUUAUCCUUGCGAUAUAUGAGCUGUGUACAGAAAGAGGUGUUCCUGAGUAUCCUUGGUUGAAGGUCUUAGUGGUCUGAUAAAUCUGAAAAUGUAAAUUUGAACUACUUUCAUAAAUAACAUGUAGAAGAAGGUGUUCCUCUUGAAACGGUUCCCUUAUGCAAUAACGACCAUUUUCCAUUUUCGUAGUGGUGUUUAUUGACUUGCUUCAUAGGGUUGGGUCGCCGUAUGUUUUGAUAUUUGUAGUUCAGUAAGUUGUGAAGUUCAUGUUGAGUCCAGUUUGAAACUACUAUCUAAUGUAUUGCUGGCUUAGCUUGGACAUCUCGUGAAGUUUGAAUGGCUAUGAUGAGUAAAACUCACAGAUACACUCAAAUUCUAUUUUGCUUUGUCAUCACUUGUAGAUCUUGUAUGGUCAUAUGUGGGGUUCUACAAAACGACUUUACCUGAACUCUCUGCCAAGUUGGUUG